CUCGAAAUUCUUCCGAUUAACGUUUCCCGAGGGGAGAAGUUCGGCUCUCACACCCCUUUUUAAACAGCUUGCGACAAUAAUGGUGAUUGCCGAUUGGUUCAACAUCUGAUUCCGAACAGAGCAUACAAAAUCAGAAGGGCAAGAUGACUAAAAGUGGUAAGAAGAAGGAAGACAGGUCUCGGAAACAAUCCGACGACAACGGUGUUAAUCUUCGGGCGAAGCGCACCAAGCGUGCCGGUGUUCGUCUUGUUGGAGGUCGAAUCUACGAUUCUGAACACGGAAAGACUUGUCAUCAGUGCCGUCAAAAAACCAUGGAUUUUGUGGCUUCCUGCAUGAAUCAGAAAGACGACAAGCCUUGUACUAUGAAUUUUUGUCACAAAUGCCUCUUGAACAGAUAUGGAGAGAAGGCAGAAGAAGUGUCAGUGUUGGAGGACUGGAAUUGUCCAAAGUGCAGAGGCAUUUGCAAUUGCAGUUUCUGCAUGAAGAAACGAGGACACCAACCCACUGGCAUUCUUGUGCACGCAGCCAAGGCAACUGGUUUUUCUUCUGUUUCACAGUUGCUGCAUGUUACAGGUCCUGAGAAUGCUGAGCCUGCUGCUGCUUUGCCUGCAAAGCGGGGAAAGGAAAAUCAUAUUAGUGGAAACAUUGAUUCGAAUCUACAUCCUCCACAGUUACCAUCGAACCCUGCUGAGAGAAAACUGAAGAAAAUGAAGCGGAAAGGGUUGAAGGAGAUUCAACAUAGCAACCAGGACAAUGGCGUUUUGUUAAAGGAGGCCAGUCCCAUAAAUCCUCAGAUCUCUAAUGAGAGGCUGAAGGAGACACAAGGUGGCAACAGGAGUGAGGGGGUUCUAUCGAAUAGGACUAGCCCCAGAAAGCGUCAAAGAGGUAAGGAAAGGUCAACCAAUAUACAGGAAAGUAACCAGGGUGAUGAGAUUUUAUUAAAAGAGAAUAAUACUGAAAAGCCCCUGAUUUCUAAGAAAGAGGUGAAAACUGGUAGAAAUGUUAAGGGUGUUCUAGAAAAGGAAAAGAAUCUCCAGACAAGAGUUUCUGAGGGAGUAUCAUCCAAUCUGAUUGGAUGUAAAAAGAGUAAAGAACAAAGGGAGAGCAGACCAAUUAAAGUCAUGGAGGUUUGGGAUGGCCAGAAGCUUGAAACGGAUGAAGCCCAGCCCAGGAUUGUUAUGGAAUCUAGCAAAAUUCAAGCAGAUGCCAUGAAGCUCCAAAGCAAGGACUUUGAUGCUGACAUCCCACUGCCUCAGGGCACAGAGUUGACAACUGUAGCUGGCAUUGAGCUACCACCAGAAGAUGUUGGUCAUGCCCUGCAAUUCUUAGAAUUCUGUGCUGCUUUUAAGGAGAUUCUUGCUUUGAAGGAAGGGGAGCCUGCAUAUGUACUUAAAGACUUAAUACGUGGGGGACGUGGCCGCCGAGGAAAACAUUCUCCAGCUGUCCAUUUUCAUAUCCAGUUGCUGUCACUGAUACAAAAGGAUUUGGGCGAAGACUUUACAGAGCUAACUCCAACAAAUGGCAAAAAUUCAUGGCUGCAUGCUCUGAAGAAUUGUGCAUCCAGAUCAGAGUGUGUACAGAAAAAUUUGAAGUUGGAGCAGUUUGGUCAGGAAGCUAAUGAUUAUGUUAGUUUAGACUCCUCAGAAAGGCUUAGACUCUUAACGUUUUUAUGCGAUGAAGUUCUUAGCACUGCGCAAAUGAGAAGUUGGAUAGAUGAACAGAACUUAAAAGUUCUUCAAAAGGUGAAGGAAACAAAAGAAAGAGUUCAUGCUGUAAAACAAAAGGACAAAGAAUUGAAGCAGAAGAUGAUGGAUGAGUUUGCCAAAGCUAUCAUUGCAAAAAAUGGUGCUCCCCUUUCAAUUUCUGAGCAUGAAGCCGUUGUUUCACAAAUUAAAACUGAAGCAGCUCAAGCACAUGCUCAGAUAUUGGAAUCACAUGACAUGGUACCUAAUGAUAAAAAAGGAUCUGCUGCUGUUAGAACAGAAUCUAUACUUUUGGAUGUUAACGGACGCAAAUAUUGGAGGCUAAAUGGAUAUUCUGAUGACUCUGUUGUUGUGCUUCAAGAUGUGGGAACCUGGGAUGCUGCUGAGUUGGGUGAAAAAUGGUUCACCUUUGAUGUUGAUCAGGAAAAAGAGAUUGAAAAAUAUAUUUCUUCUUUGAGGAAAAACAGCCUAUGGUCUCAAAAGCUUACUAAUGGGCUACCACCUCUGAAGCUUACUAAUGGACUACCACCUCUGAAGCUUACAAAUGGACUACCAUCAAGAAAAUUGACAAAAACAGAACUAGUUUUGCAACGAAUUCAUCACCUUAACUCAGAGCAUUCAAGAGCAUGCGGCCAUGAAGAAGAUGAGGGAACUAUGUAAGAGGGUCCAAAAGCUUCCAUGCUUAUUUGAUGACUGCUUGCCUAAACUUGGAGCUUUUUUAACUUUGUAUGUUGGUUGUGUUUGUUACUUGUGAGGGGCUGUUAAAAAGGGUCCAGAACCUUAUGCUUUCUUUGAGGAUGCAUUUUAGUUUUUCUAUAUACAUUGGUACUUGUUAGCCCUCACAAUCUAGAACAUCCAAUCAGACUAUCCUGCUGAUGUGUGGCAAUUUGGGGAGUUAUCUAUCCUCCAGUUUUU